GUGCUGCUUUGAAGCCAAAUUUAACUGUGGCUAGGAAGCCUGCAAAGCCCCUUAUUAGUACGUCCCCCAGUGCCACCACAAACGUCGACACUGCAACACCAACAUCAGGGAGGACAUCAUCCCCUGCCCAGAGUCCCAGAAAACAUAUUAGGACCAGCUCCCCUUUCUCUCUUCCCCCCUCUCCUCUUUCAUCAGCCUCAAUAAUCCCCCCAGCCACUGCUAAAGCUCCCCUUAUUAGCACAUCGACCAGUACCACCACAAACUUUGGCACUGCAACACCAACAUCAGGGAGGACAUCAUCCCCUGCCCAGAGUCCCAGAAAAUAUAUUAGGACCAGCUCCCCUUUCUCUCUUCCCCCCUCUCCUGUGUCAUCAGCCUCAAUAAUCCCCCCAGCCACUGCCGCUGUUGUAACAGCUGCUCCCUCCAGUGCCUCCUCAGACCCUCCUGUCUGUGCCUCCUCUACCACUCCUGGUCCUGAUCCUCUCAGCAAUAUGUCAGCGGAGGAUGUGUUGGCUGCCCCUGGCCCUGACCUACCCUGGCUGCCAGUGAAGAUGAGGAAGACCAUCCCCCUCCAGGACCAGAGAUGGAUCUCUGCAGCUCUGUGGAGAAACCAGCGGCUACGAACCGACCUCAAGCUGUGGUACGAUCCACCCGGGCCAGCGCUCAUCUACCAUCAGGCCCCCACUCCAGAGCGCUUUUUUAAUCAUCGCCUGCUUGUGUGGAUGCCGUACCACUUGUGGAAGGUCAGGCUAACCUGUCCUGUGUGUGGGAAGCAGCUGGUGGGAUACGGUGCCCACAAGAGAGCCUGUCAGGUCCUUGACGUGGACAGGUACUACCUGAUGGUCACAGAGACCCUCAGGUGCAACAGCAUUGGUUGCAAAACCAACUACCUGUCCAGCAGCAAGACCAUCCUGGACCAGCUUGACCUGGCUCACCGGCUCGAAUUCAGGCUCAUCCUGACUCAGAAAUAUGCUUGUGACAUUCGGGUCAUCCGCUUCCUGCGGGAGAGGACCCUGGGCAACAGCCCGUCUCGCUUGGUGAAGCAGCUGAGGGAGAACCACAGCGAGGAGUGGCUGCAGCGCCUCUGCCAGUACCUCGGGGCAUGCUCUGACUUUGUGGGCCGGCCCAGCCUGUUCCCUGUGGUGUUUCAGGACCCGCCUGAGCCUGUGGCCAUUCCCACCUAUAAGUGGAUGCUGGCGGUCUACGGGCGGGACAUCUUAAGCAGGCUGGAGCACAUCAAAGCCAGCAUUACAUCUACCUUUGGCUCCAUCCUGAAGAUGGACUCCACAAAGAAGAUCACCAGGAAGUUAUCGGGCAUUGCCAAGGGGACUGCCCUCUGGCUUUCCUCAGUUAGUAACGAGGUGGGUCAGAUCUUGAUCCGUGUCCUGACUGCUCAGGAAGGCUCUGGGCUGGACCUGAUGGUGGCUGAUCUCAUCCGGAGGUACAGGGAAGCAGGUGUGGCUCCUCCAAAGCUCCUGUAUGUGGACUGUGGAUGCUGCAAGAAGGAUGGGGAGGAGACCAAGCUAAAGGCACGAUUUGGUGGCUGGCCAGACGUUGUGGUCAAGCUGGACAUUUAUCAUUUCAUGCGGCGGCUGGCAUCAGGAUGCACCAAGGAUGCCCAUCCCCUUUACCCCAUCUUCAUGGCCCGUCUGUCCUGCUGCAUAUUUGAGUGGGAUGCAGGUGACGUUGCCUUGCUGCGCCGGGUCAAGAGGGAGCAGCUGAAACGGGAGGGGGUUCCUGGCAUCACUGAUGGCCUUGUGAACCAGAACAUUAGAAAGAGUGAGUUGGUGCUCUACUGCAGAAGGAGGACAAGAGGAGAGAAGGAGACCAUCUCAAUGAUUUACCUCCUUUUGCAAGAGCUUAUGGGGGAGAAGGGCAGUGACUUCCUUGGUGUGCCACUCCUGGACAGGGAUAGGAUGGCGAACAUCUGGGAACAGCAGAGGAAGCAUGUAAAAUGCAUCCAGGAUGAGCCAGGUGUUCCUCUCUACACAGAGACAGGAUCAUCCACCAAGUAG